AACAUUUCUACAGAGGAAGAAAAAGCGCGCUAGGAAGUCUGGGUAGGACAUCAGUAGGUCAGCCAUAUUGUGUACCCGUCCGGUCUGAAGGAGAGCGAGAAUGAAGGGGUUGCGGGGAAUUAGUCACUUAUCGAGGCGCUUCUAUGCAGCUGGAGGCAGGCAGUCUUUGAGUGAGCCUUUGGCUGGCCUCAAGCGUUCUCCAGGUGCCGGACACUCUAACCAGGAUGUCCAUGUCACAAAACUGCCCAGUGGUCUGGUGAUUGCCUCCUUGGAGAAUUAUUCCCCUACUUCCAAGAUUGGUGUGCUGAUCAAGGCUGGUAGUCGAUAUGAAACUCCCGACAACCUUGGUGUCACCCACUUGCUCCGCCUGUCGGCUAACAUGACCACCAAGGGUGCUUCUGCAUUCAAGAUCACCCGUGGGAUUGAGGCCGUGGGUGGCAGUCUGGGUGUGUCAUCAUCCAGGGAGAACAUGAUGUACUCUGUGGAUUGCUUGAGGGACCACAUUGACACGGUCAUGGAGUACCUGAUCAACGUGACCACUGCUCCUGAGUUUCGGCCAUGGGAGGUGUCCGACCUCACAUCAAGGGUCAAACUAGACAAGGCCCUUGCCGCCCAGACCUCACAGAUAGGUGUGAUUGAAAGUCUUCAUGCAGCUGCAUACAAACAUGCUCUGUCCAACUCCCUGUACUGUCCUGAUCACCGAGUGGGCAACGUUACCUCAGAACAGAUGCAUGCAUAUGUUGAGAGCAACUUCACAAGUUCCAGGAUGGCUCUGGUUGGACUGGGAGUGGACCAUACUAUUCUGAAGCAGGUUGGGGAGCAGUUCUUGAACAUCCGCAGUGGAAUGGGCACUGCUGGCUCAAAGGCCCAGUAUCGUGGAGGUGAGGUGAGGGAGCAGGGAUCCAGUGGCCUGGUACACGCAGCGGUGGUCAGCGAGGGAGCCACAGCUGGCUCCGCCGAGGCCAUGGCAUUCAGUGUCCUGCAGCACAUGCUGGGCGCCGGGCCCCAUGUCAAGAGGGGUGCCAACAUCUCCAGCAAGCUCAGCCAGGGUGUCUCCAAGGCCACCGCCCAUCCUUUUGAUGUUUCUGCUUUUAAUGCUGGCUACUCUGACUCUGGCCUCUUUGGAGUCUACACCAUCUCCCAGGCAGCAGAUGCUGGUGAUGUGAUUAAAGCAGCAUUAGAUCAGGUUAAGGCUGUGGCAGAGGGAGGCGUGACUGCAGAAGACCUCAGCCGUGCCAAGACUCAGCUUAAGGCACAGUAUCUGAUGUCCCUGGAGACCUCCGAGGGCUUGUUGGAGGCCAUUGGCACUCACGCUUUGGCCGAGGCAACCUACCACACCCCUGAAGCAAUGUCCCAAAAAAUUGAUGCCGUGUCCUCUAACGAUGUUGUCAGUGCUGCGAAAAAGUUUGCUGCUGGCAAGAAGUCAAUGGCCUCCAGCGGACAUUUGGGGAAGACCCCCUUUGUGGAUGAAAUUUAAUCUUCAACCUCUAUUCCCUAAUAUUUAUAAACUGAAUGGCAAACACUGUCUUUCAGCCCAUGUAAAAAGCAACAACAAUGGUUUUAAAUCUUACAGCCACAUUGUUCAACCAGAACAUCUGUCUUGUCUAAACAAAGUAACUGUAUUCCUGUCAACAAUCAGUCCUCAUGGUUGUAUUAUUUUUUUAAUGUGGACGAAGAAGGGGGGAGCAGAGAGGGAUCUAUGUUCAUAUAAAAUGUAUAGCUGAUGUAAAUGAAUAAAGACUCUACCGAAGUGA